AUGGAAGAGUCUGUCCUGGAAUGGUUUGGCGCGACGACGUUCCGGCUGCGUACCAAGGGCGUUACGAUUUUUCUCGAUACUUGGCUUGAGAAGCCAUCAGUCCUACCAUCGUAUUUGUCGGUUGAUGAGGUAGAGGAGGCUGAUUAUAUUUUCAUUUCACAUGCGCACUUUGACCACCUCCCCGGCGCCGACCGUAUCGCCAUAAAAACCGGCGCUCUAGUCAUAGCAAACAACGAAGCCAUCCACCUCUUGAAAGAAGCCGGGGUCCCAGAGCACCAGCUGGUAGCCGUUCAGGGAGGCGAGCGUAUCCCACUCUUCACACGCGAGACUCGCGACAAAGCCAACUCUGAUCCAUCGCUCCUGGCUCCCAGCCUGCCCGGUGCGCCUAAGCGUCCACUGCAACCGCUUGCCGCGCUUUCAGUAGAUGUGUGGCCGUCUCUACACUGCUUCAUGCCCGAAGAUCAUCCCGAGGUCAUCGACACAGCAACAGUCUACAAGGGCGUCGCGAACCCCUACAGCUGCAGUCUUGACAUCAACAUAGGCAUGCAGUACGGCCUUUUAAGAAUAGGCGAGCUCAUGCCAGCCGAGAAGAUGACCCCAGGUCACCGCUCUUUUGUCGAGUACGUGAAUGAUCGGCGGCGGAACGUCUUCUCGCACAGUGACGGGGGCCAACUAAUGUUCAACUUGAUCAUUGGUGACAAGGCGCUGCUAUGGAGCGCACAUCUGGGUGGAUACGAGGGCAUCCUGCGAGAUUUGGUGCCGAAACCUGACAUAGCCAUUCUAGCCAUUGCGGGGAGAGCGAAUCUCAACGGCCGGCCUUUUGACGGCUCUUCAGCUGACUUUGCCUCGAUGAAGGUAGAGUGGUUAGGGCGCCCACUUGAGGUGAUCUGGUGCUUGCACGACGAAGCCUGUAUUCCGCCGUGGCGGAUUGACACCGCGGCAGCCACACGGGCUGUGGAAAAGAACGGCAAGACAAGAGUCUUGUCGCUGCGUCACGCUGAACCGAUUGUAUUGAAUAUAUAA